AUGUCAAAGCCUGAGAAAGUAGAUUUGAAAAUUCUAGGUAGAGUGCGCCAUCUAAUUCCUAACAAUUUCAUCAUUGAAAGGAUUAAAAAGCAUGAGGUACAAAAGAACACUGGUUUAGUUAAGACUAUUGAAUUGCGAUCGUCCAAGAGAUUUACGUUGGAGUAGAACGAUAAAUAUGAUGAGUUCUGCGAUGUUUUAGAUUCAUUCACUUUUGGUAAUGACUUAGAAGUGAUUAAAUAAUUUGAUAAUUUCAAAGAAACCAUCAAACCUAAAAUAGCGAAGGGAUCUACAUUUGGUGUUGUUGAUGGUGUCGAGAGUAUUGAUUUAAAUACUUUACAAACAAAGAAGGGUAGUUUUAGGACGAUACAGGAUAAAACGAAUCUAAUUGUAUUUUGGUCUUCUUUAGUUCCCAAAUCAAGAAGGGCACUUGAACAAUUGAAUUAAAUGUUGAAGUAAAAUCAAGAUCUAAAAUUGUAAAUAAAACCCGUAGCCAUUUCUUUAGAUGGUGAUUUCAAUAAUCUUAGAUCUUACUUUAGAGACAAUAAAAUAACAGAAUUCGAACAUUAUCGAUUCUCCUUAGGAUGGGAUUCAUCAAAUGAAUUUUAGAAGGCAUUGGAAUUAAACUAUUCACCUAAAAUUGUUGUUGUUGGCAAAGACAAUUAUGUUGUAGAUGUAACAACCAAAUCUAAAAAAAUAGAAAACAUCAUUAACACAUAUUUUAAACUGGCUGAAUCAGUUGAAGAAUCUGAAGAUAUUCAAAAACCAAAAGAUAUUAUUGAAAAAGAAACAUAUAAAUAAAUAAAAACAACAUUAAUUUAAACUAUUGCAAAUCAAUUAUCUCAAAAUAAUAAAUUGGAGAAAAGCGAUUUCUUUAAACUAAAUUUAAUUAAAAGUCAUAAAAUAUCUCAUGAUGGUACUCAAGAACUAGUCGAAAGAAGUCAAUUACAUGUAGCAUAUGAUGUCUCUGUGUAAUCAGAAUAAGCUAUUGUAAAACUUUUGAAUGAACUUAAAACCUAAUUGGGCAAUAAUCACAUUCAAAUAUAGAAAUAAUUAGUCAAAGAUACGAAUGGAAUUGUAAAGAAGAUAUCCGAUGCAUUUUAGGAUGCUUUGAAAUAGAAUAACAAAGUAGUUUCAGAUUAUACAAUCAAAACAGAGAGUUUCAAUUAUGUUAAUGAAAAAGGAGUAUUCUAAUAAGAUGUUUCAUAAAUUAAUAAGAAAGGGAUAUAGAAUUUAACAUUUUAGGAAUAUCAAAUUAUUUAAUCAUAAGUUGAACCCAUUUUUAAGAAAUAUUAAGAAGAAAUUGAUGAAAGUGAUGAAGAACAUGAUCAUGAUUCAGAAUAAUAAUUAGAUAGGGAUAUAGUAAAUAACCAUAUUAACCAAUUAACAGAUACUCUGAGAUCUGGAUUACAAUUAACUGUUGGUUAAAGGUUUUAAGCAAUAUAGCAUUACCAUAAAUUUGGAAAAGAUCAAUAAGAAGUAAUUGAACAUAAAGAAAAUGAAAUUUUAAUCAUUUUCUACUGGAAUAAUAAUAAAGAAAGUGAUAGGCUAAUCCCAACAAUAAUCAAAUUCUUGCUUGCUAAUGAAGACUCCUUUAAAGAUAAAGUGAGGUUUGUAGCUUUGAGUCAACAUAGAUUUGAUCAUUAUUAGCAUUAUUUCAGUAAAAAUGAAGGUAUUGAAGAAGUUAUUGAUUUCUAUUUCCCAACAGAAGAGAAUCAGGCAGAUUUAGUUUAAUAUAAUGUGACUUAAUUUCCUCAUUUCGUUGUUGUUAAUAAGAUUGGAAAUAUUAGUGUAUUAUCAGGUUAAGUAGAAGAUUUAGAGUCUUUAAUAGAACAUAAAUUAGAGGAGGGAGUUGAUAAUCUAAAACAAAUUGUUAAUUUAAGUGAGGAGAAGUACAAUUAAAUUGUUUAGUUUUUGAAUUCUGAUGCAUUAACCAAUCUUGCUUAAUUGAAUAAUAAAAGACAAUUUUCUUUAAAUAUUACUUUCAUAGAGUUUUAAUGUGGUGAAAAUAGGACUAGAUUAGCUCCAAUCUUAAAUUAUACAAUAAGAGAAGGCAAGGAAAAGUAUUUUGAGACUUAUCUGAAACUUCUCAAUAAAGUUAACCAGUUUUAAGUGAAUAAGACAACUUAAAAAACAUUCAAUCUUCUAUUUCCUGGAAAGGCUUGUAAAUUAUGUUAGAAUGAAUUAAAUGAACAAACUCCUCAAUAUUACAGUCCAUUUUCUGAUGCAUUUUAUUGUGUGAAGUGUGCUGAAGUAUUUGAUGCAAAAGCAAUUGGAAACAAUAAAUUAAGAGUAAAGGACAAUUUGAUCUUCUUCAAUGCUCCUUUAGUCGAUAAAUCUGUGUUGAAUGAUAUAGAUGUAAAUAGAUUAGGAAACAAUUUGAAAGUCAAGAAAGGGGAUCCUUACUCUUAGAGACAUGCUAUAGAUUGCAAUGGUUGUGAUAAUGAAAUCAGAGGAUUUAGAUACAUUGUGUUAAAUUGCUUACCAGGGAAAUUAACAGAUAUGGCUCUGGUUGAUUUCUGUUAGGAUUGCUUUAAUUAGAUUAGAUAAGGGGGACCACAUCUGGAGAAGAUAGUGAAGAGAACCUCUAUGUAUGGGUACAAUCCGUCUAUGUUAUUGUUAAGAAUUCCAUUUUAUAUGGGAUAUUAUGAGUAUUGAGUUUUUAGACAGAAUUUGGAUAUAUAAAUUAA